AAUGACAUGACAUACAAAAUUCGGCAAGGAUCAGGGGGAAGACUGGGGUGCUUGCCCGCUGUGUAACCAACAAGCAUAUAACUAGUGCACGGGACCAGCUUCGACGCUCACAGUCGAUAAGCCGGACAAAUCUGAUGAACCCAAGCAUAGUCUAGUCAUUUAACAAUCACACGUUGACUGUAUUCAAUCACAGCGUUGCAAGUAAAAGCACGUCGUCAGAACGAAUUGACGCUUCCGGUCGAAUACGACCGCGUGCGAUGCAAUGGUUCGCCUUACACAGUAUCUUGGCUGUGUCAGCACUAGGAUACACAUGCAUUUUCGGUCCCCGCUUUCUGCUCACCGGUAAUUUCAGUCGCUCCUGCUCGAGUUGUUAAUCAGGUUGAGACGCAGAUUUCUCAAUUGUCACUUACCUCACCGCACCGCAAUCGCCCAUCCUCACCCAUUGUCGCCAGCAAAUGGAGUCAUCAAGCCUUGCUGGAGUAAAAGAGCUACUCUCACCUUCGGAGAUUAUCGACCCUUCUUCAGAUCAGUACGAAACCGAGUCGCAGACAUGGCAAGCUCAUCGUAAUCUGCAUCCUAAGCUUCUUGUCAGGCCACAAUCUCUGGCCAGUCUAUCGCGACUGAUUGCCUUCCUCAGUCCCUCCAGUCUGGACUGGACGGUUCGUUGUCAAGGUAUUGGUGAUGCUUCCGCAAGAGAUGUCUUGAUCAGUCUUGCUGGCUUCAAAUCUUUCGUUUUCGACCCUGAGCACGAGAGUAUUCUUGUUGGUGGUGGAAUGAGUUGGGGAGAGGUGGAGGUGAAGUUGGAGGAGCAGGCGCCUGGUUAUCAAGCCGUCAGUGCACGAUGCAGCUUUGUCGGUGUAGGAGGUAUGAUCCUGCACGGUGGUCUGUCCUGGAUGUCUUCAACAUACGGUCUGGCCUCCGAUCCUCAGAACUUCAUUGAUGCACAGGUUGUGAAGCUGGACGGAAGCAUCAUCUGGGCUUCUGAGGAGUCGGAUUUGUUGUUCGCUCUCCGAGGCGGUGGUCACGAGUUUGCCAUAGUGACUGCUUUUAAGCUAAAAGUCCAUGAGUUCUCACAAAAGAUCUAUAGUGGUAGUAUCGGAUAUCCUCGGGCCGUACUGCCUGCGGUAGCAAGAGGUAUUGAGGAAUUUGCGAGAAUGGCGGAUGGAUGGCCUGGUACUGCCAUGUAUCUGUACAAUCUGGAUCUCAUGGAAGGUGCAUUUAUUGGCGCGGCUGCUCAACCCGGUAUCGCAAUCUGGCUGUUUGACCCUGAGGGCGAAGAGCACGGUAGAGAGAUCUUCAAGUGGGCUUUCGAGAUUGAUGGUGCUCUUGACUUGACUGAAGUCAUGAACUUGAGGGAGGUGAACAAGCAUGGAGACAGUGUAUUAGUCGCAAAGGGCAUAUGCUCAUCGAACAUGUCCAACAUCACAAUCGCCAACGAAGACAUGACACAAGAGCUAAUCCUGCGCACCUGGAACUGGCUCGAAAACACUAUUGCCCUCAACUCUACAGAACUCAGAGUCGGUACCUUCGUCCUACUCGAGCUUUUCCAGAAGCCUGUCUUUCGAUCUGCUGAUGGAAAUGAUGAGUGCGCUUGGCCGCAUACACACAAUCAGCACCUGCUACAGUUGGGCGUCGGCAGAGUCAAUCAAGGAGAUUAUCCGACUGAUCUGGACACCAAAGCUUUCCAGAUGCUCAAAGAUGCUGGUAAGAUGAUUGUGGGUGACAAGUUCUCACCGGAGGAUUACUUCAUCAAUUUCAUACAGCCUUGGAAUGAUCACAAAGCGAUCUUCGGUAGAAACCAUGGAAAGCUACAGACAAUCAAGAAACGCUACGACCCUAAAGGUGUCCUGGUCAGAAAGAACUGAUGAUGGCAAAAUUGAUUGUAAAUUUGCCUUCUUUAUUACGGCCUCAUUAGUAGUCA